AUGGAGAUAAAAGAUCUUCCGGAAGAGAUUUUGGAUCUUAUAAUCCACCAGCUGUCAAAGGGAUACAGUCAGGACACGCGGGCUCACUUUCAUAAUGCCAAUAUAACCCCACAGACAGGCAUCUACGUUCUGGACAUGCACCGGACUCGUCUUGUUUGCCGCACGUGGAACCGGCUUAUAACAAAACGCUUAUUCAAAACCGUCACGCUCUGCUACAGCGUCGACGCGGCAGGCAGAAACUUCGAGUCUUGGAACAAGUUAGUGGCUUCGAAAGCUAUUAGGGGCGCCGCCCAACGCGUUGUGAUUCAAACAUAUUCAACCGAUAACCACAAGAAGUGGAAGUUUUGGAGUGAGGAAGGCGAAUGGCUUGCAUUCACUUCCUCUAUCAACGGAAUUUCUGAGCUCGACCAUCUGCAAUCAGUUGAGGUGCGCUUCCCGAAGUCGUGCCCCGACUGGAUGGAUAUCAGAGACUCUAAUCUUGACUACAAGGCGCGAGAGGCACGCGAGGCUACUCUGAGGAGUGUCCUCAAGGCUCUGCGGGGACACGAAACACGCCAAUCUCAUCAUGCCAGAUCUGGCAUAUCUGCCAUCCGGGAGCUGAAGCUCGAAAACCUUCCGAAUAGUUCUCUUCCCUCCGAACUCACCGAUGGUCUUUUCAAAGGCAUCGAGCAAUUGCAUAUUCUUAUUUGCCACGAGCACGCCGAAAUCGACCCAGGAAACACGAUGACCGUGGAAUUGAAAGAGCGAACUGAAUUUGAGUCAUACUUGCAAUACUCGCUUCUGCCUCCUAUCGCCGCCCAGCUGGUUGAACUAACUCUCAACGCCCAUCGCGAAUGGGGUCUCACGCUGGGGGUAUUUGAUGGCUCGAAUCUGGAUUUUCCGCAGCUCAAGACGUUAUCCUUAAGUAAUUAUGUUAUCGGCCACAAUACGCUGUUUGACUGGGUCCUUAAACAAAAGACACUCAAAUGCUUGCGACUUAAUAGCUGUCAUAUAAUCACCCAUAUGUGGAUUCCAUUGGGUUCUAAGGAACAAUUAGGUAUAAAUACUGAAGCCUGGCAGAAAAAAAGCGGCGAGUCCUUCUUUGGCGAAGGCGAGUCCUUUAUUUUUCACAAGAGGUGGGCAAACAUCUUUGACAGCAUUCGUGAGGACCUUUCGGGACUCACUGAGUUCAGCCUCAGUUGGGAGACCAAUGUGGAAGAAUUCUUCCGCAUGCUGGACCCUAAAGGUGGCAAUGAUGGUUGGGAAUCACGCUACAUGGCUUUCGAUAUGGGUUUACUCCCAAACCAUUUCGUCCCUUUGCAACAAUUCGGAUGGUACCCCGACUUCGACGAAGAGGAUCCAGAGAUACCGCCUAAUCUCCCUAAAUUUGCAGAUGAGAAUGAUCUUCGGGCACUAAAAGCUCUGGUAGGGGCCACUCAACAGCGACGGCAGAAGUAG